UGUUCUUCCACCCCCUAAAUAGAAUCUCUCCCCCGGCAGAGAAAGGAGGCCAGGUUUCGCAGGCGGGGUGUCCUGGAGGGGUCGCGGCCUUGGGGGCUCAGCCAAUGGGAGAGAGGGGCUGGGAUGCUGUUGGAACGGGAGGGCCAGUCGGAGGCUGCGUGGGCGGAGGCAGGAGGGCCGGAGGAGGAGGAGGAGGAGGAAGGCGGGAGGGUCCAAUCCUGCGCAUUCGGAAGUGGCGCUGCGGCGGGGGCGGGCCGAGGAGGGGCAGGCACCCGGCUGCAGCGCCUGCAAUUGGCAGGAGCCUUCCUGUGAACCGAGAGCGACAGUCCCCCGGCUCUUCUUCCGUGGCUGCUUCGAGCCGGAGUGGCGGGGCCAGGCAGAGGACCGCGCUGCUGCCGGCAACGUUGCCGCUGCUUCUCCACACACUACGGUAGAGGCGGAUCAGGCUCAUGGCUUCUGGCUGGGCCCUUUGGCGAAAGCGGGGAGCUAGUGGGACUUGGAAGAGGAACAAUGAGGGGAAACCCAGCACAGGAAUGAUGGGUCAUGCCAGAUGAAAUACAAGGGAGCGUAGACUAAAAACUGGAGCCAAAUGGAAGAAGAGAAGUCCAAAAAAUAAUGGAUAAAGUAAGAGAAAGGAUCCUGCACCCUCCGCAUAGCAAAAGCUCCACGCCUGAACUAAGAUUUAACCAGAGUGGGAAAUGAAAGCAGGUGGGAGAUUAUAUGAAUGUUUCAACUGUGGGAACUCCUUCAGCAAGAGAGGACAUCUAAUUAUACACCACAGAACCCACACUGAGGAGAAACCACAUAAACGCUUGGAGUGUGGGAAGAACUUCAGCAUGAGUGGCGCUCUUAACAGUCAUCACAGAACCCACACAGGGGAGAAACCACAUAAAUGCUUGGAGUGUGGAAAGAGCUUCAGCCUUAGAGGAAAUCUUAUUACACACCACAAAACCCACACUGGGGAGAAACCACAUCAGUGCUUGGAGUGUGGAAAGAGCUUCAGCACGAGUGGAGCUCUUACCAUACAUCACAGAACCCACACUGGGGAGAAACCUCAUAAAUGCUUGGAGUGUGGAAAGAGCUUCAGCACGAGUGGAGCUCUUACUACACACCACAAAACCCACACUGGGGAGAAACCACAUCAGUGCUUGGAGUGUGGAAAGAGCUUCAGCAUGAGUGGAGCUCUUACCAGACAUCACAGAACACACACAGGGGAGAAACCUCAUAAAUGCUUGGAGUGUGGAAAGAGCUUCAGCACGAGUGGAGCUCUUACUACACACCACAGAACCCACACAGGGGAGAAACCUCAUAAAUGCUUGGAGUGUGGAAAGAGCUUCAGCACGAGUGGAGCUCUUACUACACACCACAAAACCCACACUGGGGUGAAACCACAUAAAUGUUUGGAGUGUGGAAAGAGCUUCAGUAUGAGUGGAGCUCUUAAUAUACACCACAGAACCCACACUGGGGAGAAACCUCAUAAAUGCUUGGAGUGUGGAAAGAGCUUCAGCCAGAAAGAAUCUCUUAUUACACACCACAAAACCCACACUGGGGAGAAACCACACAAAUGCUUGGAGUGUGGAAAGAGUUUCAACCGGAGAGGAAAUCUUAUUACACACCACAAAACCCACACUGGGGAGAAACCACACAAAUGCUUGGAGUGUGGAAAGAGCUUCAGCACGAGUGGAGCUCUUACCAUACAUCACAGAACCCACACUGGGGAGAAACCUCAUAAAUGCUUGGAGUGUGGAAUGACCUUCAGCACGAGUGGAGGUCUUACCAGACAUCACAUCACCCACACUGGGGAGAAACCUCAUAAAUGCUUGGAGUGUGGAAAGAGCUUCAGCACGAGUGGAGCUCUUACUACACACCACAGAACCCACACGGGGGAGAAACCACAUAAAUGCUUGGAGUGUGGAAAGAGCUUCAGCACGAGUGGAGCUCUUACUACACACCACAAAACCCACACUGGGGUGAAACCACAUAAAUGUUUGGAGUGUGGAAAGAGCUUCAGUACGAGUGGAGCUCUUAAUAUACACCACAGAACCCACACUGGGGAGAAACCUCAUAAAUGCUUGGAGUGUGGAAAGAGCUUCAGCCAGAAAGAAUCUCUUAUUAAACACCAUAAAACCCACACUGGGGAGAAACCACACAAAUGCUUGGAGUGUGGAAAGAGCUUCAGCCACAGAGGAACUCUUAUUAAACACCACAUAACCCACACUGGGGAGAAACCACACAAAUGCUUGGAGUGUGGAAAGAGCUUCAGCCAGAGAGGAAAUCUUAUUACACACCAUAAAAUCCACACUGGGGAGAAACCACAUCAGUGCUUGGAGUGUGGAAAGAGCUUCAGCAUGAGUGGAGCUCUUACCAGACAUCACAGAACCCACACUGGGGAGAAACCACAUCAGUGCUUGGAGUGUGGAAAGAGCUUCAGCCACAGAGCAUAUCUUACUACACACCACAAAACCCACAUUGGGGAGAAACCACAUAAAUGCUUGGAGUGUGGAAAGAGCUUCAGCACGAGUGGAUCUCUUAAUAUACACCACAGAACCCACACUGGGGAGAAACCUCAUAAAUGUUUGGAGUGUGGAAAGAGCUUCAGCCAUAGAGGAAAUCUUAUUAAACACCACAAAACCCACACUGGGGAGAAACCACACAAAUGCUUGGAGUGUGGAAAGAGUUUCAGCCGGAGAGGAACUCUUAUUACACACCACAGAACCCACACAAAUGCUUGGAGUGUGGAAAGAGCUUCAACCAGCGAGGAAAUCUUAUUACACACCACAAAACCCACACUGGGGAGAAACAACAUCAGUGCUUGGAGUGUGGAAAGAGUUUCAGCAUGAGUGGAGCUCUUACCAGACAUCACAGAACCCACACUGGGGAGAAACCUCAUAAAUGCUUGGAGUGUGGAAAGACCUUCAGCAUGAGCGAAGAUCUUAAUAAACAUAAUAGAAUCCACACUGGGGGAGAAACCACACAAAUGCUUGGUGUGGAAAGCAAAGCACAAGCAAGGGCAAUCACGGAAUCAACCAAUCAAAAGUUGGGGGGGGGGAAUCCCACCGUGAUUACGGCAAAUAAAUAUACAAAUAAUAUAAAUCAGCCGAACAGUGAAAAUGUAUAUUGACAAACAAUGAACCAAUAAUAGAAUAAUCUCUGAUAACUAACACUAAGGAACAAUAAAUCAUUAAUCCAAAUUCAACAAGAAUGAUAAUAUAUACAAUAAUACUCAAGCCAUCGCAUGAAACAAAAUGCAAAAAUAUUAACAUAUACAAUGACAGUCAAAGAUUUUCAGAGGAGGUGUGACUUAGCAAGGCAAGAAUAGGGCUGCUGGAUGAAAUGGGCAAAGUUCCAUGUUGUAGUAGAAAUUCUGUUACCCGUGAAUCUAAGCAUUUCAUAUUGAUCUAUAUGUAUUGAUCCUAGGAUAUAUAGUUAAUGGAGAACUGAACUCUUGCUACACCAUUUGGAUGGUAGCUGAAGAGAGCGAGAGUUCCCUCCAUCUUGUAUUCCUGAAUGUAUGUCAGUGGGAAAGAAUCCGCUUAGUAUGCUUUGGUUCUCAUACUCUGUGUCUUGCAGACCUUGUAACUUGCAACAUAGUAUGUAUUCUCUAUGCCUUGCUUUGUUCUGGCCUACUGGUCAGGAGAGUUGAUGAUGCUGGUAUCUGAACUGCCUCCUAAAGGCUGCAUAAGCACUCCUUUAACUAUGGUGGUAUUGUAAGCCUGUUGGCCUAAUAUGGAGUUGUACUGCCGGACUACCUGGCUGGCUUGUUGUGAAUGAUGAUGUAUUCAGAUGUAUCAAUUGUUGUAUAAAAGCUUUGGACGGACACCAUCUUAGGUCCGUCUUGUCUUUGGGAGCUAUCCCCUAGACGGCCACUUUGUUGUUCUGCAGAAUUCAAUAAAGUUUCUUUGAACUAUAAA